AAAUUACACAAGUUUUUAGUUUUACGUCUAUGAUUGGCGUUUUCGUUUUGGAGUAGAAAUAUAACUGCAUGAAUGAACUAGCUGGGAUUUUUUUGUCAAACACUCGAUGUGCAACUCCAAUUCGGGCCAUUACCCAGUAAAGCGUCAAGAUAUUUUAAAGCAAGUCAGAUGCGAAAAUGGUGGUACAGAUCAAGCUGGCGUCAAUCUCAAGAAUCUAUAUCCAUGGCUAAUAUAGCCUAAUGGGUACCAAAUCUUUUAUUGUCUUCGACGAGUCCUUUUUUUGGGAAGAUCCCGAUUUCGAAGCUGUCGGUCAAAAUGAGUCAGCAUAUGCUUUUUACUGUGCGCUCUGUGAGAAUGUGACAAAGAAAUUGGCCCAUGAGUUUGAAAAUGUUGAAGAAACACCGUGGCAUUUACUUGAUUUUCUGUAGAACAUGGAAGAGAAAGCCAUGGGGAUUGGGACCCAGUUCGGACUCGAAGCCUCAGACGCGCUCAUUCAUCAAACAUGGCCUUUCUGCCCUUCCCCACGUGCCUUUUCUCUCUCCCCCUCACUGUACUGCGGCCGCUUUACUCGCAAAAGCCAAGCACUUUGAUUGUUUUUUCUUUUUCCUCUGGCACAUUUACGCGUUCUUACACGGGAGAAAGAGAAAGAUAAGAUUAUCAAAACACAUCCGUUGAGGGAGAGAGCGAGCGAGAGGGAUCCGAUGCCCUACGGUGUAUCCUGUUAUGGUGUUCCUUUCUUCUUUGUGGUGGGUGUGCUCUUCUUGGUGACUGGUUGUUUUGCAGGCGACCCUUAUGUGUUUUAUGACUGGACUGUGUCUUAUGUCUCUGCAUCCCCACUUGGAGUUAAACAGCAGGUGAUUGGGAUUAAUGGGCAGUUCCCAGGACCAAUUCUGAACAUUACAACAAAUUGGAAUGUCGUCAUUAAUGUCAAGAAUGAUCUUGAUGAACCUUUGCUUCUCACAUGGAAUGGCAUACAACAAAGGAAAAACUCCUGGCAAGAUGGUGUUUCAGGAACUAAUUGUCCGAUUCCUGCCGGUUGGAACUGGACAUAUCAGUUUCAGGUCAAAGAUCAGAUUGGAAGCUUCUUUUACUUCCCUUCUUUAAACUUCCAGAGAGCUGCAGGUGGAUAUGGAGGAAUUAUUGUGAACAAUAGGGAUGUUAUUCCACUCCCCUUUGGUCUCCCUGAUGGAGAUAUUACCAUCUUUAUCAGUGACUGGUAUACUAAGAGUCACAAGAAACUGAGAAAAGAUGUUGAAAAUGGAAUUGACCCUGGAGUUCCUGAUGGUGUCGUCAUGAAUGGAUUUGGUCCCUAUCGCUAUGACGAGGCACUUGUUGCAGAUGGAAUUACUUUUCAGAUAAUAAAUGUUGAACCCGUUUCCAAAUUUCCAUGGAGGAAAACGAAUUUCUGGUGGAAUAUCUCUGCUGGUGCUGCUCGUCCAAACCCACAAGGAUCUUUCAAGUAUGGUCAGAUUACUGUGACAGACUUCUAUUUGAUUGUCAAUAGGCCUGCAGAGCUUAUUGAUGGGAGGUGGCAUACGACUCUUAAUGGUAUUUCAUACUUAACACCUUCAACACCCCUAAAGCUUGCCCAGCAAUUCAAAAUUCCUGGGGUCUACAAAGUUGAUUUUCCUAAUAAAAUGAUGAACAGACCGCCCAAAGUGGAUACGUCUCUCAUCAAUGGAACUUUUAAAGGUUUUAUGGAAAUCAUCUUUCAGAAUAAUGCUACAACUGUUCAAAGCUACCACAUGGAUGGCUAUGCAUUUUUUGUUGUUGGGAUGGACUUCGGAGUGUGGACAGAGAAUAGUAGAGGCACAUACAACAAAUGGGAUGGAGUUGCUCGGAGUACGAUACAGGUCUUUCCUGGAGCUUGGACAGCAAUCUUAGUUUCUCUGGACAAUGCUGGCAUUUGGAAUCUUCGGGCAGAUAAUCUCAACUCAUGGUACCUGGGUCAAGAAGUAUACGUGAAUGUUGUCAAUCCAGAGAUAGAUCAAUCUGAAGUUCUUAUGCCCGAGAACGCCAUAUAUUGUGGCUUGCUUUCACCUUUACAGAAGGACCAGGCUCAAAGAGUUCAUUUUUCUGGUUCUCCAUCAGUUUCCAGCCCAAGCGGAAUGGUAUUGAUUGUUUUACUCAUAGCCUUGUUGAGAGUCAGGUAACAAAGUUGGAAUUGGUUUUCAGUAAGCAAUUACACUUCAGUUACUGUUUGGAGGAAGUCAAUGAAUCAGACCUAACUUGGGUGGGUCAGAAACACCAAAUGUACAAAAUGAGACUGGUAUAAAAUAUUGUUGGGGAAGAGGUUUGGAUCCUAUUAACACAAAACUGCCUUGCAAUGGUAGCGUACAGAAUGUAUAUCAGAUGAUGUUGUUUUGUGAGAUACUCCAAGUGUAACAUGUAAGCAUCAUUUAAAUGAUGGUGUCAUGAAUCUGUCUUUUUCUGUACUUCACAUGGGUGGUGUUUUAGAGGGUUGUUGAAGAAUGUAGGCUUUUGAAAAAGAAAAAACUGCUUUUCGU